CAAUUCAACAACUGCCACCUCUCCACCAAUUUCCGCUCUGCUUCUUUCACUUCAUUUUUUUUUCUUUUAUAUUAUUGUGUUUGACUUUUGAACCUUUUCCACACAUAUAAAUGCCUUGGUUUUCAAUCACACCGUCCUGUUGAAAAAUCUAAUAUUGCAACUGCUGCUUUCUUUGUCGUAACAAGUUUAUUUCACUGCCCCCAUUUUCAAUCAAUGCUAUAGCUUUUAGCUUUAUCUUAAUCAUCCCCAUAUCUUCUCGCUCCCUAUUUCUCCAUUCUUCCAUAAAAAUCCAUUCUUUUCUACUGCCCUUCUCCCAUUUUCUAGAUUGUGAAGCUGAUUUCUUGAAUUUCGGUUUUCUUGAAUUUGGGAAUUUGCAAGCUUUGAAGGAUGCUGAGAAUCUGAGAUGAUGAAGGGCUCACACCAGCAGCGGCCUUUGCUGAAUCCCUCUCCAAGAACACCGGGUAAAGAAGAGCUCCCUUACACUCCUGUGAAUGCUUCUAUUGAUGCUUCAAUUCCUGUUUCUUCUAAGCUUUAUUCCCAAUCCCAGAUUGAAAUGAGUGUUGAUUUUGUGAGGAGCCCUUCCUCUAGCAGUUAUUCAAUUAAGGAGGUGAGCUUUAGAGAGGGGAAUGAUGUGAUUGUGAAUCCUGUUAUUAGGUAUGAUAGCUCGGGUUCGAACCCGGUUAGGCAUGGCUCCAGGGGGGCUAGCUCUGGGGGGUUUGGUUCAUCUUAUAAGGAGAUUAAAGAUGAUGAUGCUAGAUUAGUGUAUGUGAAUGAUCCUUUGAGGACUAAUGAGAAGAGGUUUAGGUUUGCUGGGAAUUCGAUCAGGACUUCGAAAUACAGUUUCCUCACCUUCUUGCCUAGGAAUUUGUUUGAGCAGUUUCAUAGGAUAGCUUACAUAUACUUUCUUGUGAUUGCCAUUCUCAACCAGCUUCCCCAGCUGGCUGUUUUUGGCCGGGGAGCUUCCAUUCUGCCUUUGGCGUUGGUGCUGUUUGUAACGGCAGUUAAGGAUGCGUAUGAGGACUUCAGGCGCCAUAGGUCGGAUAGGAUAGAGAAUAACCGGGUGGCGUCAGUGUUGGUGAAUGGAGAGUUUGGGGAUAAGAAAUGGAAGGACAUUUGUGUUGGGGAGGUUGUUAAGAUCUCUGGGAAUCAGACUCUCCCUUGUGACAUGGUGUUGCUCUCGACUAGCGAUGCUACUGGCGUGUCUUACGUGCAGACGACGAAUUUGGAUGGGGAGUCGAAUUUGAAGACGCGGUAUGCAAAGCAGGAGACUCAGGCGAAAGCCUCGUUGUGGGGGGAGAUAGGUGGGAUGCUUAUCAAGUGUGAGAAACCGAAUAGGAAUAUAUAUGGUUUUCAGGCAAAUAUGGAAAUUGAUGGAAAGAGUAUUUCUCUUGGGCCGUCCAAUAUAAUCUUACGCGGUUGUGAGCUGAAGAACACGGAUUGGGUGAUUGGUGUUGUGGUUUAUGCUGGGAAGGAGACGAAGGCGAUGCUUAACAACGCAGGAGCUCCGUCCAAGCGAAGCCGUCUUGAGAAGCACAUGAACAAGGAGAUCAUCAUCCUGUCGCUUUUUCUUGUGGCGUUAUGCACUGUGGUCUCCAUUUCUCACGGUGUUUGGUUGAGACAACACAGGAAGGAGUUGUAUCUGAUGCAGUUUUACAGGAAAUAUGACUACUCGGAGCCUGAAGUUGAGAAAUAUGAAUAUUAUGGUUGGGGAAUGGAGAUAUUCUUUGUGUUCCUCAUGUCUGUGAUUGUUUUCCAAGUCAUGAUUCCCAUAUCGUUGUACAUAUCCGUGGAGCUUGUUCGUAUUGGCCAGGCAUAUUUUAUGAUCCGAGAUGACAGGAUGUUCGACAAAUCCACCAAUUCGAGAUUCCAGUGCAGGGCAUUGAACAUAAAUGAAGAUUUGGGGCAGAUAAAAUAUGUUUUCUCUGACAAAACCGGCACUCUGACUGAGAACAAGAUGGAAUUUCAGUGUGCAAGCAUUGGAGGAGUAGACUACGACAACGGGAAGGCAAUCGAUACUGAAACAGGAUACUCAGCUCAAGUUGACGGAAUGGUUUUGAGGCCAAAGAUGAUGGUGAAAAUUGAUCAAGACCUUCUCCACUUGUCAAAAAUGAAACAUACCGACGAAGGCAAACAUCUUUGCGAUUUCCUCGUGGCAUUGGCUGCUUGCAACACCAUUGUGCCUCUUACUGUUGAGACAUCCGAUCCUGCUGUGAAAUUGAUAGAAUAUCAGGGGGAGUCUCCUGAUGAACAAGCAUUGGUCUACGCUGCUGCCUCAUAUGGAUUUAUGCUCGUUGAACGCUCUUCUGGCCACAUAGUAAUUGACAUCCAAGGCGAAAGGCAAAGGUUCAACGUCUUGGGUUUGCACGAGUUUGAUAGUGACCGGAAGAGGAUGUCAGUUAUCAUAGGAUGCCCGGAUCAGACAGUGAAGGUUUUCGUAAAAGGAGCUGACACAACAAUGUUCCAAGUGAUAGAUAAGUCCUUGAACUUGAACAUGGUAAAAGCGACUGAGAGUCAUCUUCAUGCUUACUCAUCAAAGGGUUUGCGAACACUUGUCAUUGGGAUGCGGGAGAUGAGCACAUCUGAAUUCGAGCAAUGGCAGUCGUCUUAUGAUUCAGCAAGCACAGCCUUGAUGGGCAGAGCAAAUUUACUUCGUAAAGUCGCCAGCAACGUGGAGAACAAUCUUAGACUAUUAGGUGCAUCUGGGAUCGAGGAUAAACUGCAGCAGGGCGUGCCAGAAGCAAUUGAGUCUUUAAGAACUGCCGGUAUCAAGGUCUGGGUUCUAACCGGUGACAAGCAAGAAACAGCCAUCUCGAUUGGCUACUCGUCCAAGCUACUGACGAGUCAGAUGACACAGAUAGUGAUAAACAACAAAUCUGACUCGUGUAGGAAGAGCUUGGAUGAUGCUUUGCAACUCUACAAGAAGCUCUCGGAUGUCUCCAAUUCCAAUGACUCCGGCAAUGGAGCUGGAACUAAUCAACUUGCCUUAAUUAUCGAUGGAACAAGCCUUGUGUACAUUUUAGAGACUGAACUCGAGGAAAAGCUUUUCGAGUUAUCUAGCAAAUGUACUGCAGUAUUGUGUUGCCGUGUGGCUCCUCUGCAGAAAGCUGGUAUAGUAGCCCUUAUAAAGAAUAGAACAGACGACAUGACGCUCGCCAUUGGUGAUGGAGCGAAUGAUGUUUCCAUGAUUCAAAAGGCUGAUGUGGGCAUUGGAAUCAGCGGCCAAGAGGGAAGGCAAGCCGUCAUGGCUUCAGAUUUCUCGAUGGGACAGUUCAGAUUUCUGGUCCCACUAUUGUUAAUACACGGACACUGGAAUUAUCAGCGGAUCAGCUACAUGAUACUGUACAAUUUCUAUAGGAAUGUAGUUCUUGUUUUUGUUUUGUUCUGGUAUGCUCUCUUCACUGGAUUCACCCUGACAACUGCAAUCACCGAUUGGAGCUCUGUGCUGUAUACAGUAAUAUACACGUCGUUGCCUACAAUAGUCGUGGGAGUUCUCGACAAGGACUUAGGUAGAAGCACUCUCCUCAAGUAUCCCCAACUCUACGGGGCUGGACAGAGGGGAGAGAGCUACAACGGGAACUUAUUCUGGUUCACAAUAUUAGACACAUUGUGGCAAAGCAUAGCUGUUUUCUUCAUACCUCUCAUUGCUUACUGGGAUAGCACCGUUGGUAUUUCCGCCUUGGGAGACCUUUGGAUACUCGCAGUCGUGAUUCUGGUUAAUGUACAUCUGGCCAUGGACGUGAUCAGAUGGUACACGAUCACUCACAUUGCUGUCUGGGGAUCUAUACUCGCGACUUUCAUCUGCGUCAUGGUCAUCGAUGCCUUGCCCUUCCUGCCUGGUUACUGGGCCUUCUUCAUGAUCGCGAAGACGAAGCUAUUCUGGGUGUGCUUGCUUGGCAUCGUGGUAUCAGGACUGGUUCCUCGUUUCGUUGUGAAAGUGUUUGUACAGCAUUUUAAGCCAGACGAUAUUCAGAUUGCCAGAGUAGCUGAGAAAUUUGGAUAUUUGCAAGGAGAUGCAGAAACAGAGAUGAAUCCCAUUUUUGAUCUUCCACAGAGAACUGCCACUACUUAGAUAUUUAUAUGUGAUCAAUUUAUUUUCUUGUUCAUAUUUUUUGGUAUAUGUUUUUUUUAUAAUUUAUCACGUUUGUGUAUGCUGCUCAAUCCAUUUUUCCAAUCUUUAUAUAGUCUGCACAUAGGCUGUAAACUGUGUAUACAAUACGUGAAAAAAAUAUUACUCCACAAUACAAGUAAGAAAUAUAUGCAAUGGCUUAUUUAUUUUUA